AUGGGUGGUUCAGAAGUAGCUUGGCCUUGCAUAGUUGUUUAUGCUAUGAUGAUGAUCAGUUUGAUGCUUAACACACAGCAGAUACAUGGUGCAUUGCCGGCGAACACACAAAAGCUGAUUGAUGAGGCCAACGAGCGUGGCCCUUAUCUAGGCUUGGUCAUUCCAAACUCUUUUGAAAUGAACCCUCUUCUUCAGUCUCCGAACUUCACCUCAACUGACUUGAUCAUAGAUUUUUCCGGAAGGAGAUUUCGAUUCGGAACCAUUGCUAACAAGAAAGUCAUAUUGGUUAUGACAGGACUGUCAUUGAUUAAUGCAGGCAUAACCACUCAGCUUUUGUUAACCCUGUUCAGUAUAGAAGGAGUGGUGCAUUAUGGCAUAGCUGGCAAUGCAAACCCAUCUCUCAACAUUGCAGAUGUUGCCAUUCCUCAUUAUUGGGCCCACACUGCUCUUUGGAACUGGCAGAGAUAUGGGAAAGGGCCUAAAGAUGAGCUGCCCCUUGAAGCAAAUGGAGACUACACCAGAGAAUUUGGGUACUUGAAUGUUGCAAAUUACACUGUGAAUGUGACAGAUGGCAGCUCAUAUGACAACUUAUUGAACAACAUUUGGUUUCAACCAGAGGAGGUCUUCCCCAUAGAUGGAACUCCAGAAGAAAGACAGCAUGCCUUUUGGGUUGCUGUUGAUCCCCACUACUAUGAAAUCUCCCAAAAAGUAGAGGACGUGAAAUUGGAAGGCUGCCUCAACUCAACAACAUGUUUGUCCAAUAUACCAAAAGUGGCAAGAGUCCAAAGGGGAGCAAGUGCAAGCAUUUACCUAGACAAUGCUGCUUAUCGUGGCUUCCUAUAUAACAAAUUCAACAUAAGCCCUGUGGACAUGGAGACUGCUUCUGUUGCCUUGAUAUGCCUCCAACAAAGGGUUCCCUUCAUAGCCAUCAGGGCUCUCUCUGACUUGGCUGGCGGUGGCUCUGCUGACUCGAAUGAGGCCGACACGUUCAGCCCUCUCGCUGCCAAGAACUCGAUAAGAAAGAAAAUGGGAAUUUCAGCUGUGGCUUGCAUAGUUCUCUCUGCUAUAUUGAUGCUUAAUGCACAGCAGUCAAAUGGUGCAUUGUCAGCAGAGACACAGAUGUUGAUUGAGGAGGCCAACAUGAGUGGCCCUUAUUUAGGCCUGGUCAUUCCAAAUUCUUUUGAAAUGGACCCCCUUCUGCAAUCGCCAAACUUCACUUCAAGCAACUUGUUUAUAGAUUUUUCUGGGAGGAGAUUUAGGUUUGGAACAAUUGCUAAUAAGCAAGUUAUAUUAGUCAUGACAGGACUGUCAAUGAUUAAUGCAGCAAUAACUACUCAGCUAUUAUUAAGUGUGUUCAAUAUAGAAGGAGUGGUGCAUUAUGGCAUAGCUGGGCAUGCAAACCCAUCUUUCAAUCUUGCAGAUGUGGUCAUUCCUCAGUAUUGGUCUCAUUCUGCUUUAUGGAGCUGGCAGAGAUAUGGAAAAGGGCCUCAAGAUGAGCUGCCCCUUGAAGCAAAUGGAGACUACACCAGAGAAUUUGGGUACUUGAAUGUUGCAAAUUACACUGUGAAUGCGACAGAUGGCAGCUCAUAUGACAACUUAUUGAACAACAUUUGGUUUCAACCAGAGGAAGUCUUCCCCAUAGAUGGAACUCCAGAGGAAAGACAGCAUGCCUUUUGGGUUGCUGUUGAUCCCCUCUACUAUGAAAUCUCCCAAAAAUUGGAGGAAUUGGAACUUGAACGUUGCCUAAACGCAACAACAUGUUUGCCCCAUACACCAAAAGUGGCUAGAGUCCAAAGGGGUACAAGUGCAAGCAUUUUCCUGUCCAAUGCUGCUUAUCGUAGCUUCUUAUAUGAUAAGUUCAACAUAACCCCUCUGGACAUGGAAAGUGCUUCUGUUGCCCUAAUAUGUCUUCAGCAAAGGGUGCCUUUCAUUGCCAUCAGGUCUCUCUCGUCUUCUUUGACCGGUGGCGGCUCAGGUGAUCCAAACGAGGCUAGCAAAUUCAUAACUCUCGCAUCGAAAAAUUCAGUUACAGCAGUUGUGGAAUUUAUCAAACAGUUGUCUCUUCAUCAGCUGCUAAUUAAUCAUUGA